AUGAGUGAAAUCGUGCAUAUCCAGGCUGGUCACUGUGGCAACCAGAUCGGUGCCAAGUUCUGGGAGGUGAUCAGUGAUGAACAUGGCAUCAACCCCACCGGCACCUACAAUGGGGACAGCGACCUGCAGCUGGACCACAUCUCAGUGUACUACAAUGAAGCCACAGGUGGCAAAUAUGUUCCUCGUGCUAUCUUGGUGGAUCUAGAUCCUGGAACCAUGGACUCAGUUCGCUCAGGUCCUUUUGGCCAGAUCUUCAGACCUGACAACUUUGGUUUUGGUCAGUCUGGGGCAGGCAACAACUGGGCCAAGGGCCACUAUACAGAAGGGGCUGAGCUGGUCGAUUCCAUCUUGGAUGUGGUGCAGAAGGAGGCUGAGAGCUGUGACUGCCUGCAGGGCUUACAGCUGACCCACUCUCUCGGUGGAGGCACAGGCUCCGGAAUGGGUACCUUGCUCAUCAGCAAGAUCAGAGAAGAGUAUCCUGACCGCAUCAUGAACACCUUCAGUGUGGUGCCUUCACCCAAAGUAUCCAACACUGUGGUUGAGCCCUACAAUGCCACCCUCUCUGCCCACCAGUUGGUAAAGAACACUGAUGAGACCUACUGCAUCGAUAAUGAAGCCCUCAAUGAUAUCUGCUUGCGUACCCUCAAGCUGACCACACCAACCUAUGGAGACCUCAACCACCUUGUCUCAGCCACCAUGAGCGGCAUCACCACCUGCCUCCGCUUCCCUGGCCAGCUCAAUGCUGACUUCCACAAGCUCGCCGUCAACAUGGUGCCAUUCCCAUGUCUCCAUUUCUUAAUGUCCCCAUUAACCAGCCAUGGUAGUCAGCAGUACCAGGCCCUCACUGUGCCUGAGCUCACCCAGCAAUUCACCGAGGUGGAGAGCAACAUGAAUGACCUCAUUUCUGAGUACCAACAGUACCAAAAUGCCACCGCAGAAGAGGAGGAAGACUUCGGUGAGGAGGCUGAAGAGGAGGCUUAA